AUGUUAUCACCGGCAUCAUUUGCACAAACUCGAAUUCUACUCGAUCAACAAAGUCGCUCUCAUUUUGGUCAACCUCUCAUACCGACUCACAAUCUACCCUUCAUUUAUCAGCUUUCUUCAGAAAGUGUUCUAUCAGUCGAAAAACUCUCUGAAGCUAUCCAGUUAGUUCUCUUCAAACACGAAUCACUUCGAACCUCACUUAUCUUCAAAGAGGAAAUCAAUCAGUUCAUACAAACAAUCAUCGAUCCUGAAGAUAAACACAGAAAACUGUUCACAUUGGUUGAAAGCACUUUCAACACUCUUGAACAACUAAACAAUGUGAUAUACGAUGAGAAAUACAAUUCUCAGCUGUUUGAUCUCUCACAAGGUCUGGUAUUUCGAUGUCACAUUGUGUAUUUCAAAGGAAUGUCUUCGAAUGGUCUCCUUCGUAGAAGAGACAGCAUUGUUUUCAACUUCCAUCAUGCUGUAUUUGAUCAUUCAUCGAUGAACAUAUUUCUCCAAGAUCUCAACGACGCUUACACAAACAGUCAGCUAGCAGUUGACAAUGGCACUUCUCUCCGUUACAUAGAUUACUCAAUCACUGAACAACAAAUGCUGAUGACUGCUGCCAAUAUGUUCUGGAUGGAUGCUCUUCAUGAUUGUAAGCUUGAUCAGUCUUUAUCAUUGCCAUAUGAUCGAUAUCGUCUUGCUAAUGAACAUCGAACUGGUCGGGGAACAUCUGUUUCGUUUACUGUUGCACAAGAUCUUUCACAAGCACUUCUCACUUUUGCAUCAUCCAAUAAUGUUAACUUGCAACAUCUAGCACUCACUAUCUAUUAUGUCUUCUUGUUCAAGUUAACCGGCAGAGAGAAAGAUCUGUGUGUUGGAAUGAAUGUUGAGAAUCGAUAUCGAGGUGAGCUGAAAACAUUGAUUGGCUUGUUCGAAAAUACAAUUCCAGUUCGAUGUCACUUGGAUCCUUGUUGGUCUUUUCACCGAUUGAUGAAGAAUGUUCAUGAAGUGCUGGCAGGUAGUUUAGAAUAUUCCUAUUUUCCUCUGCAGCGCAUUCUUGCUCAACAUGCCAAUGUUUCCAAAGCUGGAUUUCUCGAUGUAUUCUUCGAGUUCAUGCCCACGAACAAGAAUGACCAGAAUGAAAUAAUGAUUGGCGAUUGCCACCUCUCUCUUCUGCCCAUCUCGAUCAAGAUCAGUGAAGAUGAAAUAAUGAGCAAGUUUGAUUUCAUCGUCAGUGCUCAGCAUGAUCGGAAUACCAAUCAACUCUCAUUCAUACUCAAUGCAUCUCUUGACUUAUUCAAUGCAAAUACUGUUGACAAGAUGGCACAACACUUUCAUUCUAUGUUAGAACACAUGUUUAGGUCGAGUGCCAGCGAACUAGUUGACAAGCCCGUAUAUGAGUUAUCAUUGACAUUACCGGAUGAAAAGCUGCUCAUGCAAUCCAUGAAUAAUAAACAAGCCUUCUUUCCACAAGGAUAUUGCAUUCAUCAUCAGUUUGUUCAUCAAGUGACAAAAUAUCCACAAAAACUGGUCGUCGAACUUGAUGAACAAUCUUUAACCUAUUCGGAAUUUCUGUACUAUGUACAAAUGCUAUCGUUGAAUCUAAUGAACGAAUACGAAGUGAAAUCAGGCGAGAUUAUUUGUCAAUUGGUUGAACGAAGUCUAUCAAUGGUGAUUGGAAUGAUGAGCAUUGUGAUGACGGGUGGUGUCUACUGUCCAUUAUCGCCUCGAGAUCCUCAGCAUCGUUUGCAGUUACUUUUGCAACAAACUCAAAGUCGCCUUGUUCUCAUUCAUUCUUUAACAAAAACGAAGUUCGAUGACAAUACUCGUCUGUGUGAUAUUGAUGUGAUGUUAGCUGCCAAUAGUUUCGUCAAAGAGAGGAGUCUUACCCGAUUGUCAAGUGUCGAAGUGAUGCCAAGUAGUAUAGCUUACAUCAUUUUCACAAGUGGCUCAACUGGACUGCCGAAAGCGGUUCAAGUUCGACAUAGAAAUUUCAGCGAAUGCAUUCGUUCAUUGACCUGCAUCAAUUCAUUCAAUCAGAAUGAUAUAAUAAUCCAAAUGGCACGUUGUUCGUUCGAUAUCCAUGUUCAGGAAGUGUUGGGUACUUUGAUGAUUGGAACGACGUUAGUUAUGCUUCAUCCCAGAGGAACUGUUGACUUUGACUAUUUAUCAAAAAUUUUCGACAAAAAACAAAUCACAUAUAUGCAUACCGUACCCAGUCUACUUCAUAGUUUUUUCAGUUUUCUUCAAAACUGUCAUAGUUUGUUUACUUUGAGAUAUCUUCGAUCACUAUGCAGUAUCGGAGAGCCUUUUUCCAUAAAAUUAAAUAAUUUAAUAAUGAACAUUGAUAUCGCAAAGUGUUCUGUGUGGAAUUUAUAUGGUCCAGCGGAAACAACAAUUGCCUCUACGUUUCAUCUUGUAGAUGUCAUAGCUGACCAGCGUAGUGUUCCUAUUGGUCUACCACUUCCAAACUAUCAGUGCGUGAUUAUUGAUGAAUUUGCACAAAAUGUUAUUAUCGAGCAAGUGGGUGAAUUGUUGAUUGGGGGAGCUGGUAUUUUCGCUGGGUAUUUGGGACGUCACGACUUGACUGCAAGAGCAAUCGUCGCCAUCGAUGAAGAUAUAUUCUAUAGGACAGGUGAUCUUGUGCAAAUGGAUAGACAUGGUCUUCUGCAUUACAAAAGUCGAAAAGAUCACCAAAUUAAACUACAUGGACAACGCAUUGAAUUGGGAGAAAUCGAGCAAUGUUUA